UGAGUGAUGGCGCUUAUAUGUCUAAGAAAGGAACUUAAGAAAGGUAUGAAGGAAUAGGCAUUUGCUAACAGAGACAAACAAAAGCGAGUCGAAAGUCUGAAGUUUGAACGAACAUCAGACUCGGCAUACUGAAAGUCUGGCAGUCGGCCCACCAUCUUAUAAUUCGUGCCAUAACAUCCAAAGACCUUCACACUAGAGCAUGAUUCAUUCAUUCAAAGGAUCAAUGAUGACGACAUGGGUGGUGGGAAGGGAACGUCAGCGGUGAUAUAGUUGGCAUGAGCGCAUGGCCGUAACGAUGAGCGGGAUGGACGUAGUGGUGGAGGCUGAGAUCGGAGUUGUGGGGUCAUGGUAGUUGGGUUCUCAGGGAACAUCGGCGACCAGCCUAAUGAUCAUCACGACGAGUCAGCCGACGAUACGACAAUCUCACCCUUCAUCGCAGUCCAAUGUUUAUUCGGGUCAGGCUUCGUCGUCGCAUCUAACGUUGUAUCGCCAGUCUGGCCGUUUGAAGUUCCGGAGGCGCCAGCUGCUGCGGAACCGUCAUUUGCACCUUCAGUUCCAGACGAUGAUGCCGUCUUUUCCAAAAUUGUCCUGCAUUUGGCACCGCCCUCGGAUCGUACUGGAUACAAAGGGUAGCACAUGUAAGCAAGUGUUCAAACGUUCAAAAGCAGAGACGAAACUGUACUCACAAUGCCGGUUUAAUGCGUCCUUCUUACGAAAGUUCCUUUUACACCCUUCGCAAUAAUUUAGUCGAGUCCUGAUGAAAUGAAACGAUUCGUGUAGUUCACGAUGAUCUUCAUUCGCAAAUAUCUUUCCGCAUUCAGGCCAACCGCACUGAUUUGGGUUCCCUUCUGUAUGAGAACGUAGAUGUUCUGUUGAAACAUACAAUUAGCACAUGUCUCCAACAAGGGUCAGUUGGAUGUAAAGGAGGAACUGACCCAUGAAAGAGACACGUGUCAGAGAGGUAUUCGUACACCCCGUAACACGGC